UCGCUGAGGUCACUCCGCCCCCCCCUCCUCGCUCGGACUACCUUUCCCAGCAGCCUCUGCGCCGGAAGUAGACUGUCUCCAUUGGCCGCAGUGUUAUGUUCUCCCAGCAUGGAGCUCUCAAUGCUGACCGACUUGUACCAGUUCACCAUGGCGUACGGCUACUGGAGGAGCGGGCGGCACAGGGAGGCCGCGGAGUUCGAGCUCUUCUUCCGGGAGGCGCCGUUCCAUGGGGAGUUUACUGUCUACUGCGGCCUGGAGGAGAGUCUCCAUUACCUCAAGGACUUCGGCUUUUCCCGCUCAGAUACGAAGUACCUGAAGUCAGUGAUGCCCAGUACAGUGGAGGAUGACUUCUUCCAUUACCUGGAGACUGUAGACGCGGCAGAGGUGACGUUGACCUCAUUCCCGGAGGGAUCCGUUGUAUUUCCUAGAGAGCCACUGAUGAAGGUGAGGGGUCCUCUCCUGGUGGUUCAGCUGCUGGAGACCACGCUGCUCUGCUUGGUGAAUUAUGCCAGCCUUGUUGCCACGAAUGCUGCCCGCUUCCGAUUGGCUGUCGGCCCUGAGAAAAGGCUGCUGGAAAUGGGUCUUAGGAGGGCGCAAGGACCAGACGGGGGGCUGUCCGCCUCAAAGUAUUCCUACGUUGGAGGCUUUGAUUGCACCAGCAACGUCUUGGCAGGAAAGAGAUUCGGCAUCCCCGUGGCCGGUACCGUGGCUCACUCUUACGUGACUUCUUUCUCCUCUAUAGACGAAGUGCAGCGCCCGGCUCUGCGGCCAGCAGGCGGCCAGGGAGGGGAGGUGGACUUCCUGAAGCUCUCUCAGACGUGGUUGGAGAAAGUGUGCCGCCUCCUGAAGAUGCCCCCGCACAGCACCAAUGCAGGCGAACUGGCAGCUUUCAUAUCGUACGCCAUCGCUUUCCCUCUCAGCUUCCUGGUAGUGGUGGAUACCUACAGUGUCAUGAUGAGCGGUGUACCCAACUUCUGUGCAGUGGCCCUGGCAUUACAUCAGCUCGGGUACAAGGCAGUUGGCGUUCGGCUGGACAGCGGAGACCUGGCCAAGCAGUCUGUGGAGAUUCGCAAAAUAUUCAGGCUCUGUGCGGAGAGAUUUGAUGUUCCAGCUUUGGAAACCUUGUCCAUUGCGGUCAGUAACAACAUCAGUGAGAAAAGUCUGAAGCUCCUGACCCGGGCGGAGAAUGAGAUUAACGUGAUUGGCGUUGGCACCCACCUAGUGACGUGUACCCUCCAGCCCUCCUUGGGCUGCGUCUACAAGCUGGUGCAGGUGAACGAUCAGCCCCGGAUGAAGCUUAGUGAGGACCAGGAGAAGACGACGAUUCCUGGGAGCAAAGCCAUCUACAGGCUGUAUGAUGGUUCUGGCCAGCCGCUAUUGGACCUCAUGGCUUUGGAGGAGGAGCCUCCUCCUGAGAUCGGGAAGGAAGUGAAAAUUUAUGAAUUGGGGAAAAACACCGAGACGCAAACCGUUACCCCUCUGAGGGCCGAGCUGCUUCACCGCGUCUACUUUAAGAACGGACAGCUGUCGGACACUGAACCUCUUCCCAGCAUCAAAGAAGUGCGAUGUUGGGCUCAGCGAUCUCUGACCAGCCUCAGUCCCGAGCACCGCAAACUGGAAGAGCCCCAACCGUACCGGGUCGCCGUGACCGAGAAGCUGCACAGUCUCCUGUCCGCACUCCGCAGAAGCAGCGGCGAGUCCAGAGCCGGCCUAAUGCAAUACCCCACUGGAAACUGAUGAUUUUGUAGCAUCCUGGAACACUUUUCUACACUGUGAAAUUUUUAUAAAACUGCCAAAAGAAUCAUUCCCCCCCCCCGCCCCCCCAUAUAUCACACAGAAGUAAUAUAUUGCUCUGUAAAUAUCGUAGAAAAUUUUAGAGAUCAAAAUAUAUAUUAAAGCUGAACUCUCAGUAAGUAAUUGAAA